CUAGUUCCUUCUCCAUAUAAUACCCCUAUAUAAAUGGGAGCAGUAGUGUCUCGCAUGUCCGGCUUAUUGGAAGAACAUCCAAAGCUCAAGGUGGCCAAGAACAGGCUGUCCAAAUUGACUUCUAACGGUCGAUGGUUGGGUGGCCACAUCGUGUGGACGGCAGUAGUAUCAGCGAUAGUGCUUGCGGUUCCGGUAUUUUUCGAGUAUGAACGUGAAUGCCAGUUCUUCGACCAGAUGAACCAACUCCAACAGGCACAAAUGAAUGCGGUCAGCGCUGGGUCGACGAGCGCAUGAGGGAGGAUCUCGGUAGGGAUGAAAAUGAUGAUGAUGAUAAUUCUGGCGAUAUGCCGAACUAGUUUUACUGCCAGUAUGGUUUCAGUUGC